UCUCUUUCUCGAUCUCGUCUCUCUCUCUCUCUCUCAUCAAUUCAAUCUUGCUGCAUUUGUUAUCCGAAAAGCGUUGCUUUCUUUCUUUUCUUUUUAACUUGAUUUCAGGCCAAUCGCGCUGUAUUUCCUUAUCACGAUUCCAUAAAUUCGUUCGAUUCCUCAGCUGGGCUUCUAAGUAAGCAUCCUUUCAAAGUUCCCACCUUUCACUUAUUGCGACUCAGCUCACGAGAAAUUAUCAAAGGGAGGAAAGUUUUGAUAAACCAAGUGCAAAGAUGGGUGAGAUCACAAACGUAAACGAGUACCAGGCUAUUGCCAAGGAGAAAUUGCCAAAAAUGGCAUACGACUACUAUGCUUCGGGCGCAGAGGACCAAUGGACUCUUGCCGAGAACAGAAACGCGUUUUCAAGGAUUCUGUUUAGGCCCCGGAUUCUGAUUGACGUGAGCAAGAUUGACAUGACUACCACUGUGUUGGGCUUCAAGAUCUCCAUGCCUAUAAUGAUUGCCCCGACUGGUCUUCAGAAAAUGGCUCACCCUGACGGAGAGUGUGCAACAGCUAGAGCUGCAUCAGCAGCUGGAACUAUCAUGACUCUGUCAUCAGGGCCUACUUGCAGUAUCGAGGAAGUAGCUUCCACGGGACCUGGCAUUCGAUUCUUCCAGCUUUAUGUGUACAAGGACAGGAACGUCGUUUCUCAGCUUGUGAGGAGAGCUGAAAGGGCUGGUUUCAAGGCCAUUGCACUCACUGUCGACACCCCAAGAUUGGGGCGCCGUGAAUCUGAUAUCAAGAACAGACCUGUAUUGCCACCUGGCUUGACACUGAAAAACGUCGAGGGUUUGGACCUCGGGAAGAUUGAUGUAGCUAAUGAUUCAGGACUUGCAUCGUUGGUUGCUGGCCAAACUGAUAGUACGUUGAGCUGGAAGGAUGUUAAGUGGCUGCAAUCAAUCACUUCAAUGCCCAUCUUGGUGAAGGGUGUGCUCACUGCAGAGGAUGCAAGGAUUGUUGUCCAGAGUGGAGCUGCGGGUAUCAUCGUCUCUAACCAUGGCGGUCGCCAGCUAGACUACGUGCCCUCGACCAUCAUGGCUUUGGAGGAGGUUGUAAAAGGUGCACAAGGCCGGGUUCCGGUGUUCUUGGACGGAGGUGUCCGCCGUGGGACAGAUGUGUUCAAGGCAUUGGCAUUAGGAGCCGCAGGCAUCUUUAUUGGGCGACCAGUGGUGUUCUCGUUGGCUUCUGAAGGAGAGGCUGGAGUAAGGAAGGUACUCCAGAUGUUGCGCGAUGAGUUUGAGCUGACCAUGGCGUUAAGUGGUUGUCGCUCACUUAGUGAGAUCACGCGCAACCACAUUGUGACAGAGUGGGACGCCCCUCGGGGACUCCCAUCCGCCAGAUUAUAAGAGAUGCGCGCAUGCAUCAAAACAUAUAGACGGAUCCAUGUGGCAAGCUAUAUAUCACGUUUGAUGUUGUGAAAUAUGGUUAAGUUCUUCAAUCUAUUCAUCUGUGACGAUGAGUCUUUACAUAAGCUUUUAAAUGAUGAUUGAAAGCUUUUAUAUUCCUGCUA